CCGCUCCGGGCGGCUCCGCCCGCGGCCGCGAUGGCGGCGGGCGGGGGGGGCCCGUAGGGGCCAUGGGGAACGCGGCGGGUCGGGCCCCGCGGCGGGGGGAGCCCCGCGGGAACCCCGGCAGCUUCGACGAGCUCCACCGCCUCUGCAAAGAGGUGUUCCCGCCGCAGAUGGAGGGGGUGAAGCUGAUCGUCACCAAGACCCUGAGCAGCCACUUCCAGGUGACACACACAGUGCACAUGAGCACCCUGGGCCCUUCUGGGUACCGCUUCAAUGCCACCUUCGUGGGGGACCGGCAGCUCAGCCCCACCGAGGUGUUCCCCACCCUGGUUGGGGACAUGGACAGCGCCGGGAGCCUCAACGCUCAGGCCCUUCACCUGCUUGGGGAGCGGCUGCGGGUCAAGGCCGUGUUCCAGAGCCACCAGGCCAAGUUCGUGACGUGGCAGUUCGACGGCGAGUACCGCGGCGACGACUGCACGGCCACGCUCACGCUGGGCAACCCCGACCUGCUGGGCGGCUCCGUGAUCGUGGUGGCCCAUUUCCUGCAGAGCGUCACCGCCCGCCUGGUGCUGGGGGGGGAGCUCGUGUACCACCGGCGCCCCGGCGAGGAGGGGGCCAUCCUCACGCUGGCAGGCAAAUACACGGCCCCUAAGUGGGUGACGACGCUCAACGUGGGCUACGGGGGGGCCCACGCCAGCUACUACCACCGGGCCAACGAGCAGGUGGGUAAGUUGCCCCCCCUGCCCGUCACGCUGGCCCUGGGCGCCUUCCUGAACCACUGGAGGAACCGGUUCCACUGCGGCUUCAGCGUCACCGUGGGCUGA